AUGUCUUUUGAUAGAGUAAUUCAAGACUCUGACGAUGAGGACGAUCCUUUGUCGGAGAUGCCGCCCCCAAUCAAGCGGGCCCCCGCGCUGCCAAAGAAUCAUUUUGAUAAUAUCACCACUUGCAAUGAGCAAUCUGGAACUGUAACACCAGGCGGAGAAGCGCGAUAUAUAGACCAUGGAAACCAUCUUGCCGUUGACUUUGACGCUUUUUUACAGUCACAGGAAACGGCGCCAAAUGGCUUAUCUGCCUCUCAGCAACGGAGGGAAGAGAGGUGGAUUCCGUCUGACGCUGGGGCGGGGUCAAUUGUGAUGACGGAAAUUGGACUUGCGCAGCGACGGCUUUUCGACGACGAUGAUGCUCAACAAGCAGAUAUUCGCGAGGCCCAGACAGCUGCUUGUUGCAACCAGUCGGACAAUGGCUCAGCGCCUGCCGAGUCUCUGGUUCCUCUGAACAUGGCAGUGUCGAAUUAUGACGAUUACAAUCACCAUGAGGAGAGUCAUGGUGCUCUGCAGCCUAGUGCAUUCGCUAAUCACACGUCGCAAGACAUGGCGCUCCUCAAUGGCAAAAACCACGGCCACGGUUACUCCAACAAUGACAUAACUGGAUUUUACGGAGAUCAUAUACGACAUGUCGGGCCGCCGAACAGUUUGUCGAGUCAUGACUUGGCGCCAUCCUCAACGUCAUACAAUUUCUUUGAAUCAUCGCUGAAUCCACCUGCGCAGUUGAAUGGCGAUCUUCAGAGCCCCCUGAGAUCCAGCGACACAGUGCAAACGGAGACCGUUCGUAAAACACCAGGAAGGUCACAUUCUAUGCAAGCUACAUCUUACUCCCCACACGACACCGAGCCAAUCUCAUCCUUAGUGACGCCGAAAGUCUGUAGAGCCAAAAGCGACAGCACUUGCCAAAAUGCUCAGUCGCAGUCACCAAGUAGCGCAUGCGAUGAGCUCUCCGCCGCUGUUGCGAUCGAGACACCGGAGGUGAAAAAGCAGCGCGGACGCAAAAGAAAGCAAGACAUACCAGAAGAUGAUGAAGAUGAUGAGCUUGCUCCCUCAAAUGAUCAAGGCAUCCCCGAGAGUGCCGAACCAGCCAAGAGAAAGCCGGGUCGGCCACCAAAGAUCGUACGGACAUUGAACGACGAAUGCGAUGACGCCGUGCUGACCAACGAUCAGCCACAAGACCAGCCUGUAUCUAAUUCGGGAGAGAUUCAAGAGCUUGAUGAUAGCCCGCUACGGCCUAAUGUGAUUGCAUCGAACCCAGUAGCCAACGGGAUAUCACAUGUGCCAGAAAAAGACAACUUUCGAGUUGAAGUUGCCAAUAAUUCGAAAGUAAAUCGGACAGAAGUUUCGAACGACCCGCCUGCAGACAUAAAUCCCCCCCUGGCAAAGCCCUCAAAGAGGGCGAAAGAAUCCAAGAAGAAGAAACUGAAGCGUGGAAAGACUACCUCAGUGACAUUGAAAAAAACCUACGAAUCAGAUGUCGAAGACGAUGUGAUCUGGGUUGAUGAAAGACCCUCAAAUCAUAUCCUACAAGACGAACAGAUCGCUCAGAAACCCAACAAUGACUCAACGUUUGUCAGUUCAAACAAUACAGAAUCGUUUCAGAUUCAGAUACCAAGGCCUCACUCACCCUCUGCGACUGAGGUGACCGAACCCAAAACUUCGCUGGAGACAUGGAAAGACGAACGAAAACCUGCACCACCAACACCCAAGAAGCGAGGACGCAAGAGGAAGAAGACUUCUGAGCUGCAAAUCAGCGAAGAGACUUCCUCCGAGAAUGCCAAUGAACUCACAGGCAGCCGAGACGAGAAUCAAGUACAACAACCACAGCAAUUACCCAUUGGCGUUUCCGUCAUUCUUGAGCGGCCCUCGGACCAAGACAUCAAUGACCAGAAGAUUGAAACCACAAAUGAUGAGUCUCCUUCCCGCAAAAAAGCAACACCACAUCCACAGUCACUCUCGCCCUCCAAACCCUCAGCAACCACAGAGACGAACGCACCUGAAACCCCGAAGAAACCAGAAUCAACGUCCAACCAGCCAGGCAUGAAUACAUGCCCCAAGACAAACGACCUCUCCGAGAAAGGCCCCGACAAGCACAGCCCAAUCGCAGGAACAAGCAAAGUGCCUUAUCGAGUCGGACUGAGCCGCAAGGCCAGAAUCGCGCCUCUGCUGAAGAUCGUCCGACGAUAA